AUGGCCGCCAUCGCGCCGGAUCUCCUCUCCAUCGUCUCCGGCGGCCUCACGGAGCUCGCCGACAUCGCGCGCUUCCGCUCCGUCUGCACCACCUGGCGCGACGCGGGGGAGGACGCCGCGGCCUUCCCUCCGCAGCAGCCGCCGUGGCUCGUCCUCCCGUCCUCCCCGUCGCCGCUCUUCUUCUGCCCCCCGGAGGACCGCCUCUACCCCAACCUACGCCUCCCCGUCCCCAACCCGCAGGCCAGCCGCCGCCGCGGCCGCCGCCUCUACGCGUCCCCGCACGGCUGGACCCUCGCCAUCGACCCGACCGGCCUCGCCGCCUCCCUCCUCCACCCCUUCACGGGCGCCUUCCGCCCCCUGCCGCCGCUGCCCGCCUACUUCGCCGAGACCGACGACCUCGCCUGGGACCUCUCCCCGUUCGCGGUCAUGGCGUCCUGCGGCGAGCGGGGCGUGCUGGUCUGCUCCCUCGACCCGCCCGCCGACUCCUGGGUCCCGAUCCCCGCCAUGGCCGACUACAGCGUCAGCAGCAUCGACUACGCCGCCGGCGACUUCUUCGUCUUCGAGGAGGACGCGUGCCGCAUCACCGUCGUCGACUCCAUCACAAAGGACAUCACCGCCGUCAUCCCGCCGCCUCCCGUCGAGCUCCCCACCGAGGCGCGCAUGGUCGUGGCCGGCGACGAGCUCUUCGUGCUCACCAAGCCCAAGUGGAUGUACGUCUUCGACGACGACGUCGACUUCUCCAAGGCCUUCUGUGUCAACCACCGCAGCGCCAACCCGGUCUGGCAGAACCUCACCAGCAUCGGCGACCGGGCGGUGUUUGUCGAUUCUAUCCAUGGGUUCGCCGUGGGCACGGCCGGAUUCAGGAACCUUGAAAGCAACACCGUCUACUCGGUGACUACCAAGGAGAUGAACCGAUCCAGCAAUGUCAAGUACAGCAUAUCGGCUUUCAACCUGGAGACCCGGACCGCUAAGAAGCUUGCGUGCCGGCUGGACGGGCUUGAGAUGGCUCAGCGUGGCGGGAAGGCAUCGUGGAUCAUACCCAGCUUGAAAGAAGCCUGAAUCAAGUCCUCGGAGAUCCUGGUUGCUGUGUGAUGCUGGCGAAUGGCAAAUCGUGAUUGUAUCUGCCUCUGCGUGAAGUCUCGGUACACUUGAACUUGCCCUAAAAGUUCUGAAGUGAAGUUAAAACAACGCAUGUUCUUCUUUUGUUCUACAUUAUAUAUAUGUCGCUUAAACACUCUUAGAUUCAGAUGAGCCUGAAACUUAAUAUCUGUGAGAUGCAUUUGUUGCUAAACUUUCAAGUUUCAGUGUGCACUUUGGCUGUUGAAUGUUCAAGCUGAAUAAAUGUUUGUGAUGUUAAAGUACCCCA